AUGUCCAAACCCAUCCUCUACAUAUUCGGUCCUUCCGUCUGGGCUGCCGUCCCAGAGCUUGCCUUGAUCGAGUUGGGAUAUGCUAGCGAUGAUAUCGAGAAGAAGGUCGUAAACCUUGUGGAGGGCGAGAACUUCGCUCCUGCGUUCCUGAAGAUCAAUCCCAAAGGGACAUUACCAACCCUUGAAGCCGGAGGGAAGGCAUACAACAGUGCUGCUGAGGUGACAUCGUACCUUGUGGCCCAUGCUAGUAACCGUGUCGCUGUUACCCCCGGAACUGACUUCAUCAGCAAAAUUCAUGAAGAGCAGUACGACCCAAACUUUCCCAUGCUGUCAGCUCGUGACGAGGACGAACUACGAAGUAAAGCGUCUGGAUUUUCUAUGAUGUUCAUACAAAACCGUCAGAACGCAUUGGCAAAGCACUCAGGAGCCUCCCAGAGCACUAACCACCGAGAGUUUUAUGACGCAAAGAUCGCUGAGAACGGCAGGGUUCUGUCGAUCUACCAAGCCAAGGCACCAGAGAACGUCAAGAACAGCUUCUUCGAGUAUUCUAGGGCCCACUGGGAUACCUUGAAGACCUUCAUUCUGGAAGAACUCCCUAGCAUCCUCCCGGAGAGCGGUUUCCUUGGAGGUGACAAACCUGGUGAAGAUGACUUCCAUCUUGCAGCCUGGCUGGCGCGCAUUGUCUUCGUUGCUGGUGGAGGAGACCCGGGGAAAGAUGGUGUGCGUGCCAUUGAGAAGGAGCUGGGUAAGCCAACUCCUGAAAAAGUCGAGUCAUACUGGACAGCAUGGAGUGGGCGGAAGAGUUGGCAGGAGGUGUACGCCAAUGGACUACAUUAA